GCCUGGGGCUGGGGCUGGGGUUGAGGCCAGGCCGGAGGAGAAGGAGAUGCUGUGCUGGGGCAAUGCCUCCUACGGGCAGUUGGGCGUGGGAGGCAUUGAGGAAGAGAUCGUGGUGGAGCCCCGCAGCUGUGACUACCUGUCGGGGAAGCGGGUGUGCGGUGUGGGCUGCGGACGCAAGCACACAACCUUCUUGUUGGACGAUGGCACUGUCUACACCUGCGGCUGCAACGACCUGGGACAGCUGGGACACGACAAGCCCCGCAAGAAACCAGAGCAGGUGGUGGCCCUGGAUGCCCAGAUCAUAGUGACGGUGUCAUGUGGGGAGGCCCACACUCUCGCCCUCAAUGACAAGGGACAGGUGUUCGCCUGGGGACUGGCAUCCGACGGCCAGCUGGGCUUCGUCACCGCUGAAGAAUGUGUACGAGUGCCAAGAAACGUCAAGAGCUUAUCAGAUGUGUGCAUCACGCAGGUUGCCUGUGGGUACCGGCACUCCCUCGCCCUUGCCAAAGGAGGACAGGUCUUCUCCUGGGGCCAGAAUAAGUAUGGUCAGCUGGGUCUGGGCAUGGUGGGUGCGUCAGUGCCGGCCCCCCAGCUCAUGGCGUCUCUGCAGGGCAUCCCCUUCUCCCAGCUGGCUGCAGGGGGCGCCCACAGCUUUGCCCUUUCCACGUCGGGGGCCGUGUUUGGCUGGGGACGCAACAAGUUCGGCCAGCUGGGACUCAACGAUACCAACGACCGGUAUUUUCCGGCUCUCUUAAAGACGCUGCGCUCCCAAAAAGUGGUGUACGUCUGCUGUGGAGAGGACCAUACUGCAGCUCUCACCAAGGAGGGCGGCGUGUUCACGUUCGGAGCGGGCGGCUACGGGCAGCUGGGCCACAACAGCACGAGUCAUGAGAUCAACCCCCGUAAGGUGUUCGAGCUCAUGGGGAACGUGGUCACACAGAUCGCCUGUGGCAGACAGCACACUCUGGCCUUCAUCUCCACCUCAGGGAAGAUCAACUCGUUUGGUCUGGGGGGUAACGGGCAGCUGGGUACGCGCUCCACGUGUAACAGGAAGAGCCCCGCUCUGGUCAAAGGCCCCUGGAAGGCCCCCAAUGGCCCCAGCACCAACAACACACAUGCAGACCCAGAGCAGGGCUACUACGUGAAGAGGAUCUUUGCUGGGGGAGACCAGAGCUUUGCCCACUUUUGUACAGACCAGGUGCGUCCCUGGUGGAGAGCAUAUGACAAUCAGAAUGACCUUGCCCCCGACGACUUCCGAGUGCCUGACCCGAGGGGUCACAUCUACACGCUGAGUGGCGACCUCGUGCAGAAGUGGCUAAGCCACGCCCACGGACGCCUGCCGCCAGAGAUAUCAAAUGAGAUUGAGGUGGUCUUUUCCUCAGCCAGUUGCCUCAAUGGGAGCUUCUUAUCCACAAGUCACCCAGAUCACUACAGCACCAGCAGCAAGUGCUCAGGAGUGGACAUCAACACAGCACGCAUUCUCUUGCACAGAGUCAUCCAACCAGACUAUCCACAGAUCUCACAACUGGUGUGCGGCAGCCUGGAGAAGAACCUUUUCCCGAGGCUCACCACGUCCCCUCCGGACAUCGAGACGCUGCGGCUGUACCUGACGCUGCCAGAGUGCCCCCUGCUGCACCACCCCAGCAACUACGCCUCGCUCACCAUCCCCCUCGCUAGUGCUACCGUGGGACUCAAGGAGGCAGCGCACACCGUCCUCUGUAACUGGUGGUCUCGUCUGGAGGGGCCGGUGUUCCAGCGGCGUGUGGAGCUUUAUAAGGAGGUGGUGCUGUACCUGCUCCGCAUGCAGAAGGUGGGGGUUCCCCCCUCGGAGCUCAAGGUCCUCACCUGCUUCCUGCACCACUCACUCAAGCUCCUGGGACUGCUGCAUGCUGUGAACGAGGCAGCAGGCCAGAUCAUCCAGUACGACAAGUUCUACAUCCACGAGCUGGACGAGCUCAUAGACAUCCGCAACGACUACGUCAACUGGAUCCAGCAGCAGGUCUACUCCACACAUGGGGACAGCUGUCCUGUGACCAUGUGUAAGUACCCGUUCGUGUUCGAUGCUCAGGCCAAAACCACACUACUACAGACAGACGCGGUCAUUCAGAUGCAGAUAGCAGUGGACCAGGCACAGCGUCAAAACUUCAGCUCUCUGUUUAUGCCGGUGGUGGAGUCGGUCAACCCCUGCCUCAUCCUCAUCGUACGCCGGGAGAACAUCGUAGGAGACACCAUGGAGGUGCUGAGGAAGUCCAAAAACGUGGACUACAAGAAACCGCUCAAGGUUAUCUUCGUUGGAGAGGAGGCAGUAGACGCGGGGGGCGUGAGGAAAGAGUUCUUCCUCCUCAUCAUGAGAGAGCUGCUGGACCCCCGAUACGGCAUGUUCCGCUACCACGAGGAGUCCAGACUCAUAUGGUUCGCAAACAAGACGUUUGAGGACAUUGACCUGUUCCACUUGAUCGGUGCGAUCUGUGGCCUGGCGAUCUACAACCUGACGAUAGUGGACCUGAACUUCCCUCUGGUGCUCUACAAGAAGCUGCUGCAGAGGAGCCCCACGCUAGACGACCUCAAGGAGAUGAUGCCCGACGUGGGGAGGAGUCUGCAGGAUCUUCUGGACUAUACAGAGGACGAUAUAGAGGACACCUUCUGUCUCAACUUCACUGUCACGGAAGACAACUAUGGUGCCACAGAGGUGUUGGAGUUGAUCCCUAACGGGGCUGAAAUAAAUGUGAACAAGUCAAACAGGCAGGAGUUUGUGAGUGCGUACGUAGACUACAUUUUCAACCGCUCGGUGGCAUCUCUGUUCGAGGCGUUUGCUGCCGGCUUCCACAAGGUGUGCGGAGGGAAAGUGCUGCUGCUCUUCCAGCCCAGUGAGCUGCAGGCCAUGGUCAUCGGGAACACCAACUACGACUGGAAGGAACUGGAGAAGAAUACUGAGUAUAAGGGGGAGUACUGGGCAGAGCACCCCACCAUCAAGGCCUUCUGGGAGGUCUUCCAUGAGCUGACCUUGGAGAAGAAGAAGCAGUUCCUCUUGUUCCUGACGGGUAGCGACCGUAUCCCGAUCCUGGGCAUGCGGAGCCUGAAGCUGGUGGUCCAGCCCACGGGGGGCGGGGAGCACUUCCUGCCCGUGGCCCACACCUGCUUCAACCUGCUGGACCUGCCCAAGUACUCCAGCGCAGACACCCUCCGCGCCAAGCUGCUGGAGGCCAUCGAGCACAACCAGGGCUUCAACCUGGCCUGAGGGGGGCGCCACACGACAAUACGGGUGGACUGAGGUGACGAGGGGUAGAGGUGGGGUGUGGAGAUGGGAGAGGAAGCACCUGAAGGAAGGACACCGGAGUUGGGUCUACUACCAUGGAUAGAUUUAUGGGCUUAUGCUGGGGAGGCAAACAGGUCACUUGUCUUGUGCCAAGGGAGAGUGAGGGCCCAGAAUUGACUUCCUCAUUACAUUGUAUGUACUGGGUGAGGGGGGCCUUUUGGAUUUCUUUGAGGGGGGCUUUUGUUCACACACACCUCUUCCAGAAGGUCGUGACCCGACACACCACACUCCACCCAGCCCCAGCCAGCGGCCCUUCCCUUUACCUCACACACUCAUGAGCCUAAUCAGAGGGAGAGAUCGGAGAUGCGGCACGCGCAGCUGAAUGAGACUUUAGGAUGAGGAUUUAUAGGUUUUUUUUUUCUCUUGGUAGUUUGGAGGAUGGAGGAGUGAUCGAUUCACCACACAGAGCUGAUCUGAAGACUGUCGGUAGGAUUUUGCAGCGCUGUUCUAUGAACACCUUGGAAAGGACAUCGUAUAUAUAUAUGGAUGGAAAACAUGUUCUCUAUAUAUAAUAUAGUGUUAUCGGAACUGAGCACAGACACACAUUUUCUUGCAAGUUCUGCAAGGCUCCUGGGUGAACAUCGAUAAGUUCUCUGUUUUUAUUAAUACUUGAGUUGAUUUGAGGUACUAGCAAGCUAUUGGGAGGUUGGGUUUUAGUUAAAUAGAUUGAGCACGGCACACAGAUAGAGGGAUUGGUUACCAUCAUUUCACACUGCUGGUAGCUAUUCUUUUUUCCCCACAUUGCAUUAUAAGGAGCCAAAGUGUUCACAAAAGUACGUAGCUAAGUCUUUUAUUUGGUUUGUUUUGGCGGCAAGUUUGACAAGCUGUUUAAGCCUAGCACAUUUCGUCAUUCCGGCACCAGUCGUCUUACUACAGACACUAUCGAGUGGGAAAUCUGCUUGUUUUCACAUAGCCUGUCUCUGAAAUGUUCAUUCACACUCACACACACAUACACAACCUAUAGAAUGCUACAUAUUAUGGAAUGGGGUACUUUCUCCAACGCAGUGCUCUAUUUUUGAAGUGAACGAGUGAAGAUAUUGGAUUCAGCUGUUGAUCGUCUUGCGUCACAACAGUGAUGACAAUGACAAUGACGAAAAGGAGCAGGAUGUCACGGGUCACUCUCCAGGCAUGGACUGACAUUUAAUGAACACUAGGCUAAAAACGCCGUCACCAAGCACUGGUGAAGUCACCCUGUGCAUGAAGCACAUGCAAGCUUGGCUUUCAUUUGAGAACGCCAGAAUCAGUAUUUCUAUUUUGAAAGAGAGAGAGAGAAAGAGAGAGAGAAAUUCCGAUUUGGAUGAUUGAAUGAAUGAAUGAAACCUGUUUCUAUUCAGGAGCCAACAUAAGUAGGAAGCUGUGUGUGUGUGUCUGUGUGUGUCUGUGUGUGUCUGUGUGUGUGUGUGUGUGUGUCUGUGUGUGUCUGUGUCUGUGUGCGUGUGCGUGUGUGUGCUUCUUGAGGAUGGGGUUGGUACACUUGGAGUGAGACUAGCUAUGGCACAAACCCCUCAGCGGUGAGCAGAUGUGUCCAUUUUUUUGCAGGAUGCUGAGACAAUGGUUAUUUUAGCCUUGUGGGAAAUAAAGUUUUUUUUCUGGAGCAGUGCAUCCUAUAUACUGGCCUUGUCCAUUUUUUAUGUCAAUUAAUUGUUUAUCCUUUCA